AUGAGCAUUGUGGUCCCUUUGCGGGUUAAAACAACAGAAACUCCAUAUUUAGAAAUGGCUGCAGGUUCAGAACCUGAAUCUGUAGAAGCAAGCCCUGUUGUAGUUGAAAAGUCAAAUAGUUAUCCACACCAUUUAUAUACCAGCAGUUCUCACCAUUCUCACAGUUAUAUUGGCUUGCCUUAUGCGGAUCACAACUAUGGUGCUCGCCCUCCACCAACGCCUCCUGCAUCUCCACCUCCUGUUCUUGUUAAGAAUGAAGUGAGCAUAUUUACUACUCCUCACUUUGAUGAGACUUCCAGUGCUACAACCAUCAGCACAUCUGAAGAUGGAAGUUAUGGGUCAGAUGUCACUCGAUGUAUUUGUGGUUUCACCCAUGAUGACGGUUAUAUGAUUUGUUGUGACAAAUGCAGUGUAUGGCAACAUAUAGAUUGCAUGGGUAUUGAUAGACAAAAUAUACCGGAUAUCUAUUUGUGUGAGCGCUGUCAACCUCGUGCUCUGGACAGGGAAAGAGCUGUAUUGCUUCAACAAAGAAAGAGAGAACAUUUGUCAGAUGAUCUUCAAACGUGCUACAAUGGUAGAGGCAACAGCGGAAACCUUUUAUCUGAUGGUGACACCAGUGCAACUGAGAGUUGUGAUGAAGUUCCUAUGGAGCUGUACACAGCUUUCCAGCACACUCCAACAACACUUACACUCACUGCCACAAGAGUAACAAAGACAAAUGACAAGAAACGAAAGAAGAGUGGAGAAAAGGAGCAGACUUCUGCAAAAUCUAAAAAAGCCUUCAGAGAAGGAUCAAGAAAAUCUUCCCGAGUUAAGGGUUCUGCUCCUGAAAUUGACCCUGGUGACAGUUCCAUAUAUGGAUGGGAGAGUAAAAUCAAGGCUUGGAUGGAUCACUAUGAAGAAGCAAGCAUCAACCAGUACAGUGAAAGUGUUCAGAGAGAGGCACAAAGAAUAGCUCUAAGACUUGGUUGUGAAAAUGACAAAAAAGAACAAAUCAUCAAGAACAACUACAACACCAGCAAUCAUAUUUUUAAACCACCUGUUGAGCAGAGCUAUUUGCAGAAGAACAAGAAAAUAUUAAAGGCGGCCAAAGACCUGCUUCCUGAAACGUUAAUUAUUGAAUACAGAGGAAAGUUUAUGCUGCGGGAUCAGUUUGAGGCUAAUGGAUAUUUUUUUAAAAGGCCAUAUCCAUUUGUUUUAUUCUAUUCUAAAUUCCAUGGGCUAGAAAUGUGUGUUGAUGCAAGAACUUUUGGCAAUGAAGCAAGAUUCAUCAGACGGUCUUGUACUCCCAAUGCUGAGGUACGGCAUAUUAUUGAAGAUGGAACAAUUCAUCUUUAUAUUUAUUCAAUUUGAAUGAAACAUUCCAAAGGGUGCAGAAGUCACAAUUGCGUUUGAUUUUGACUAUACCAAUUGCAAAUAUAAGGUGGACUGUGCGUGCUUCAAAGAUAAUCUUGAUUGCCCGGUACUCCGGUGUAGUACUGAACCAACAGAAAACUUCAACAGUGGUUAUGAUACUAGAAGGAAAAAAGGAAGGAAAGAAAAGGACAGUUCCAAAGAGAAAGAGUCUCAAAAUCAGAAUGUUCUAGUGGACACAGAUGGAGCUGUAAACAAACUGAAAUCACCAGAUAAACAGAGGAAGAUGUCCCCUCUUCGACUCUCAAUAUCUAAUAAUCAGACAAGAGAGGAAAGGAAAAUGGAAGCGAUUCUUCAAGCUUUUGCACGACUAGAAAAGCGGGAAAAAAGGAGAGAACAAGCCUUAGAGAGAAUUAGUACAGCUAAAACUGACAUCAAACCUGACGCAAAGGACCUCCAGAUCGUCAGUGAAUGUGAGCUCCCUCAGGAACCAGUGAAAGAAGAACCUGUCAGCAAGCCUACCCCUGCUAAAAUAAAUAGGACAAAGCAAAGGAAAAGUUUUACCAGAAGCAGAACUCACAUUGGGCAGCAACGGCGGCGACACAGAACUAUAAGCACCUGUUCAGAUAUCCAGCCUUCUUCCCCAGAUGUGGAGGUCACACCGCAGCAAGUAGAAACAGAGACUAAUACACUUGUGGAAGAGCCUGUUAGUGAGAAUUCUUCUACUAUAGCAGUGACUGUAACUGCAGAUACUGAUGAAGUUACAGAUAUUGAUUCAGUUGCACAAAUCAAAUGCCCAUCUAAAUACCCCAAAAAAAAAAAAGCACUUGGUUAAUGAAUGGUUAAGUGAAAAGCAUGAAAAGUCUGGCAAACAUGGGGAGACGUUUCUGGAGAGACCUUUACGGAUAACCACAGACCCCGAAGUUCUCGCAACACAGCUAAAUUCUUUACCAGGUCUUGUCUACAGUGCACAUGUGUAUACCACUCCAAAGCACUAUAUUCGAUUCACCUCUCCAUUCCUGUCUGAUAAAAAGAAGAAACAAAAAGAUGAAGAGAAUGGUUUGGGUUACUGCAAAAAGCGGUGGCUAAAACAAGCUUUGGAGGAGGAAAAUUCUGCACCUCUGAAUCCAUUUGAUUCUCUUUCUCAAGAUCGAUCUCAAAGCCCCAGUACAUUUGCAGAAAAUAAGUGCCACUUAGUAAUGAAUGGCAGUUGUCCAUUGACAGACCUAACAACCCCUUUGAAAAAAAGGAGAUUGUAUCACUUGGACUGUUCGUACUCAGAAAAUUCUACACCUACUGCAUCACCUUAUGCAACACCAACACGUAUAGAUAUGCCUUCUACAGAUGCAACACUGUUCAAUACUCCUCCCAGGAUAAAGGUAGAGGAUGAAACUUGUCGUAACAGUUACAAGCAAACUUAUUCACCGGUUACUCCUGUAACAACCUGUGUCCGUGGAAAUCACUUGCAUUUUGAGAGCAUUUCUUCACCAGAAAGUUCUCCUGAGCUAAACAGAAGAUCUAAUGGCCAGGAGGCUAAUGAACGGGCAGCAUCAACUCUGGCGAUGAACUCUUUCAGAAAUUCUAACUUGACUGAAAUGGGAUUGCAGGAAAUAAAGACUAUAGGUUACUCUAGCCCACGGAGCAGGACAGAUUUAAACAGACAGUGCCCGUCAGAAAGUGAGUCUGUACCAGAUCAUCAUUUAGCGCUUGAACUGAAUGAACAGGCUGCAUUGCAGAAAAAUAUGGAGUCUCUGUCUCGGGAUAGGACUGAUUCAAGCAGCCAGCAGGAAACUGCUCACUGUGGACGAGGCACUGUGUUUUCUUCUUGGAUAAAAAGCCCUGAAAGGACAGGAGUGAACUUUUCUGCAGUUAAUUCAAACUUAAGAGACUUGACUCCAUCACACCAGCUGGAGGUUGGUGGUGGAUUCCGGAUGAAUGACUCUAAGUGCCUAAUUCAAGAGGAUGCCCGAACCAUGUUUAUGGAUGGUUCUAUAUUUUGCCCCUCAGACGAAGGACUUAUGACUGGAUUUGGAAGAGCACUUAGUAGUGAUGGUGUUCUAGAUGGAAAUGGAACACAUUUAAAUCCUCCGCAAAAGAAAAAGGUAUCCUUGUUAGAGUACCGAAAAAGACAACGUGAAGCAAGAAAGAGUGGCUCAAAACCAGAAACUUUGUCCUUGGUAACACUUUCCCCACAUCCUGAGAGUGGAAAUCUUGUCAUGAGUUGUGUUGGUGAAAACUGCAGCAACAUUGUCGACAGUGUGGAGCCAAGUGAGAAUGUAGCUAAUAUGACUGCACCACUGCCAACUGAAGCCCAGAAUAUCUCCACAGAAGAUACAGACCAAAAUUCUCCAGAAAUAGAUGCCACCUCGAGUGAGAAAAGUGAUCCAGAGGUGCAGUGGACUUCUUCAACAUCUGUGGAACAGGUUAGAGAAAGAAGCUAUCACAGGGCCUUGUUAUUGAGUGACCAUAGAAAAGAUAAAGAUGGCGAUGUUGAUUUGGAGAAUGGUGAGAGUGCAAAAGAAACCCAGUCUCCUGAUGCAUCACAGAAGAAUUGCAGUAGUCCUAGACAGAACACGCCUUGUUCUGCAGGACCUAAGGUUUCCUUAAAGACUGAUACUUCCCAGGAAACCACUGUAAAUACAUCUUCGGCAGAAACGUCAAGCCCCUUCAAAUCAGAGAUGCAAGUGAAACAACCAUCACUUUCAAAAUCUCAUGUUACUCAACCUCAUUCACAGAAGCUGCCUUCUACACCUUUAAAGCUGCAUUGUCCUUCCUCCCCUCAUUUGGAACAGUCACCAAAGGCUUCACCACACACACCUAUACAACAUGGUUACCUUUCACCAAAGCCUCAUUCUCAACAGUUAGGGUCCCCGUUCAGACCCCAUCACCCUCCACCACAUCAGACUGGGGCACCACAAAGAGAGAACCAUGUUAACUUCUAUCCUGUUUCACAAAAUCUUCAACCUUCGACUCCCCAGCCAGCAGUUGGACAAUUGUUCUCCCAAGCCCAGACAGGACAGUGUACAACAGUCUAUACUGCUUUUAAUCAACAAACUGUAAACAACUCUGCUCCACCUCCCCCUCCUCCUCCUCCAACAACAACAAACUUUUAUCAAAACCAGCAGCCCUCUGGGUCUUUUCAGAACUACAGUCAAAUCAAAGGAAGUAUUCCCCAGCAAACUGUGUUUACAUCCUGUCCAAACCAGGGCCAUCCAACCACCUCUGGGCAACCAGCAAUUCAAGGACAUCAUGUCAAUUCGGGACAUUAUUUGCCUUCACAAAACUCUGCUGUCCAUCUUCAGAGCACAUCAUCAAAUGUCCCUCCCCCUCCACCACCUCCUCCACCAGGAUGCCCUCAGCCCCAUGUGGCAGGUGCAGUUCAUGCUGUCCCAGUUGCUAGUGGCACUAUUAUUCAUUCACAGACAACAGGACAUCAUUUGCCACCACCUCCCCCUCCCCCACCAGGCCCUAGUCCUCACCACUCGCACAUGCAACAUGUAUCAGCAGGACAUCAAGGACUGCCAGUGCAACACCAGCAUGUUUUAAAUGCAGCUCCUCCUCCCCCUCCCCCUCCUCCACCACCACCACCACCUCAAUCCACCAAUGUUUUAGGUGGGUCUGGACACCAUUCGGCAUCAGCUCAAGGAUUGCACUUACAGACUCACCAAGGACCUCCAAUUUUUCCUUCAGGAGCUCAUGCCGGUGUAGCCUCAUACUCAGCGCAAGCUCCUGUUCACAGUACAGUGGGACCUGUGCCACCACACCAGUCCCCUGCAGCAGGACCUCACCACCCAAUUCCUAGUCAGGGGACUCAUAUUCAGCCACAAGGACCAAACAGUAUUGCAUCGGCUGCAGGGUUCUGUCCCCAUCCUGGGUCUGUAAGUCUCCCCCAUGGGGUGCAAGGACCACAGCAGGCUUCUACAGUGCCUGGCCAGAUACCUAUUCAUAGACCACAGGUGCCACCAACUUUCCAAAAUAACUACCAUGGCUCAGGCUGGCAUUAG